UAACCCCUCUGCCCUUCCAGAUUCCAAAAACCCACCACGCGGUAAAGGCACCGCUCCGGCGACAGGCGUCAAGAAAAGGGAGGGGAACGAACCCCUCGAUCCAACAAACCCCGGCCAAAGCCAAACCCCUGCCUCCUCGGCUCCUCCUCGUCUUUUCCCUCCGCCGACGGCCCGGCGCGAUGAUCCAGCUCCUCUUCACGGUGCUCGCGGCGGAGGCCGCGGUGGCGGCGACGCUGCUCUUCAAGACGCCGCUGCGGAAGCUGGCCGUGCUCGCGCUCGACCGCCUCAAGCGGGGGCGCGGGCCCGUCAUGGUGCGUACCGUGGCGGCCACUGUCCUCGUCGUGCUCGCAUCCAGCCUCCACAGCAUGGCCCAGAUCCGCGGCCGCGCCGAGGGGGAGCUCGACGGUGCCGGGGUCGUGGGGCUCACCCCCACCGACCAGGUCCUCCUCGCGCGCCACCUCCUCGAGGCCUCGCUCAUGGGAUACUCAUUAUUCCUUGCUCUAGUCAUCGACCGGCUCCACAACUAUGUCAAAGAAAUUCGAAGGCUCAAGAAGAACCUGGAGGCUGUCUCAAAACAGAACAAGACGAUGCUAGAGGAAGCAACCCAUGGAAGGUCGGAAGAGAGUGAGCGUGACCUGAAGGACAUUUCUGACGCCAAAAAGGAUGUCUAAGUAUGGCAUUUGAUUUGGCAUCCGCUCAGAAACUCCUAGCAUCCUGAAAACUGUCUAUUUCUAUGUAGGAUGUCGGUUAUUGGUAAUUUCCCAUCAGGGAAAUGAGAAUUGACAUCUGUACAUAAGUGCUCGGCUAUAAUGUGCUGGAACACAAAUCAACGCUGAACCUCUUAGAGCUAGGCAAGUUGCCUAGCACUGAAUGAUGUCCUCUGUAAAUAUCUGGUGCUACAGCUUUUAAACCAAAUGUUAACCGUGUCUUCCUUA